AACAACUAUCGAUUGUCGAAUUCGAUUGUAAACAAAACUUUUUACGCUCAUCACUUUUCUGCGACCUUUUUUCAUAACAAUUUCGGUCAAGUGAAAAAAUGCAAAAUAUCCGAACAUUUUCAAAUCAACUGAGUGGCUCGGUCCGUAGCUAUUCGAGCGAUUCGAAUAGUUUGCUCAAAUUGGCAAUGGCACAAUGGAAUAAAUUCUGGUAUGGAGGGGAACAACCGUACAAAAGUCGUGAUAUCAUCUAUGAAGAUUUGCUGAGAGACGGUAAAUCAUUGGUGAUGCAUCGAUAUUUGCAGAAAAUUUUAUAUGCACGACAUAAAGCCCGCACACGCUAUGUUAAACACAAUGAGCAUAUUCGAAAAUUGGAAGAUAAAAUCAGCGCUGGUGGAAUGGUCAAACCGAAAAGUUUCGCCAAUCGAUUCUAAUGUUAUGUAGAAAGAGGAAAAAAUUUUGCUGCCAAAUGGCUUGUAUUUGUAUUUUAAUUUGAAUCAUUCAAUAAUGGUUAUUAUGAUUAAAGAGAAAAAUAG